UAGUUCUGGUUUUUCUGGUAAAAUAAAAGAAGAUAUGAUUCCUGAUUAUUCAGAACUUAAUCGAAUCAUAUCUAUUGUUCAUUGUAAUCUCAAAUAUCCUACUACUUUCCAUGAGAAUUCUGAUUUAUUGGCAAAAAGGCGAAGAAAUCGAUUUCUCAUUCCACUCCAAUCGAUUCAAGAACGAAAGAAAGAACUAAUUCCCCAUUCAGGUAUCUCGAUUGAACUACCGAUAAAUGGCAUUUUACGUAGAAAUAGUAUUCUUGCUUAUUUCGAUGAUCCUCGAUACAGAAGAAAGAGUUCGGGAAUUACUAAAUAUGGGACUCUAGGGGUUCAUUCAAUCGUUAAAAAAGAGGAUUUGAUUGAGUAUCGAGGAAUCAAAGAAUUUAAGCAAAAAUACCAAAUGAAACUAGAUCGAUUUUUUUUCAUUCCCGAGGAAGUGCAUAUUUUACCUGAAUCUUCUUCGAUAAUGGUACGGAACAAUAGUCUGAUUGGAGUAGAUACACGAAUCGCUUUAAAUACAAGAAGCCAAGUGGGCGGAUUAGUCCGAGUGGAGAGAAAAAAAAAAAGGAUUGAACUGAAAAUCUUUUCUGGAGAUAUCCAUUUUCCUGGAGAGACAGAUAAGAUAUCCCGACACAGUGGCAUCUUGAUACCCCCAGGAACAGGAAAAACAAAUUCUAAGGAAUCCAAAAAAUUGAAAAAUUGGAUCUAUGUCCAACGGAUCACACCUACUAAGAAAAAGUAUUUUGUUUUAGUUCGACCCGUAGUGACAUAUGAAAUAUCGGACGGUAUAAAUUUAGCAACACUCUUCCCCCCGGAUCUGUUACAAGAAAGGGAUAAUAUACAACUUCGAGUUGUCAAUUAUAUUGUUUACAGAAAUGGCAAACCAAUUCGGGGAAUUUCUGAUACAAGUAUUCAAUUAGUUCGGACUUGUUUAAUUUUGAAUUGGGACCAAGACAAAAAAAGUUCUUCUAUCGAAGAGGCUCAUACUUCCUUUGUUGAAGUAAGUACAAAUGGUCUGAUUCGAGAUUUCCUAAGAAUUGACUUAGUGAAAUUCCCUAUUUCGUAUCUCAGAAAAAGGAAUGAUCCCUCAGGCUCAGGAUUGAUCUCAGAUUCAGAUAAUGUGUCAGAUUACACCAAUAGCAAUCCCUUUUAUUCCAAGACAAAAAUUCAACAAUCACUUAGCCAAAAUCAAGGAACUAUUCGCACGUUGUUAAAUAAAAAUAAGGAAUGCCCAUCUUUGAUAAUUUUGUCAUCAUCUAAUUGUUUCCGAAUGGGUCCAUUCAACGCUGGAAAAUAUCACAAUGUGAUAAAAGAAUCAAUUAAAACAGAUCCUAUAAUUGAAAUUAGGAAUUUGAUUGGCCCUUUAGGAACAGUCCUUCAAUUUUUGAAUUUUUAUUCAUUUUACUAUUUAAUAACUCAUAAUCCUAUUUUGGUAACUAAAUAUUUGCAACUUGAAAAUUUAAAACAGACUUUUCAAGUAAUUAACUAUUAUUUAAUGGAUGAAAAUGGGAGAAUUUUGAAUCCCGAUUCAUGCAGUAACAUCGUUUUGAAUUCAUUCAAUUUGAAUUGGUAUUUUUGUCAUCCUAAUUAUUAUCAUAAUUAUUUUGAAGAAAGAUCUACAAUAAUUAGUCUUGGACAGUUUAUUUGUGAAAAUGUAUGUAUAGCCAAAAACGGACCCCAUCUCAAAUCGGGUCAAGUUUUGAUUGUUCAAGUUGACUCUGUAGUAAUAAGAUCCGCCAAGCCUUAUUUGGCCACUCCAGGAGCAACUGUUCAUGGUCAUUAUGGAGAAAUCCUUUACGAAGGAGAUACAUUAGUUACAUUUAUAUAUGAAAAAUCGAGAUCCGGUGAUAUAACGCAGGGUCUUCCAAAAGUGGAACAAGUGUUAGAAGUGCGUUCAAUUGAUUCAAUAUCGAUGAACCUAAAAAAAAGAAUUGAGGGUUGGAACGAGCAUAUAAAAAAAAUUCUUGGAAUUCCUUGGGGAUUCUUGAUUGGGGCUGAGCUAACUAUAGUGCAAAGUCGUAUAUCUUUGGUUAAUAAGAUCCAAAAGGUUUAUCGAUCCCAGGGGGUGCAAAUCCAUAAUAGGCACAUAGAAAUUAUUGUACGCCAAAUAACAUCAAAGGUGUUGGUUUCAGAGGAUGGAAUGUCUAAUGUUUUUUUACCUGGAGAACUAAUUGGAUUGUUGCGAGCGGCGCGAACGGGGCGCGCUUUGGAAGAAUCGAUCUGUUACCGCGCCAUCCUAUUGGGAAUAACAAGGGCAUCUUUGAAUACGCAAAGUUUCAUAUCUGAAGCGAGUUUUCAAGAAACUGCUCGAGUUUUAGCCAAAGCUGCUCUCCGGGGCCGUAUCGAUUGGUUGAAAGGCCUAAAAGAGAACGUUGUUAUAGGGGGGAUGAUACCCGUUGGUACCGGAUUCAAAGGAUUAGUGCAUCGUUCAAGGCAACAUAAGAACAUUCCUUUGAAAACCAAAAAGAAGAAUUUUUUCGAGGGGGAAAUCAGAGAUAUU